AUGCGCACAACUCCGCGUGCGCACUCUCGUCAUGCGCACUUCCGCACGCACAACUCUCCCACGUAUCCUCCCCCCCUUCCGCUCCGCCUCCCCCCUCCGCGCGUGCAGUUUGACGUGGCGGGCGGCGCACUGGACAUGGGGAGGGGAGGAGAGGGGAGGACGUGGAGAUGUGCAACGGCGGCAGGCAGGCAGCGGCAAGCUGCUCCAGGUACACCACCUCUCGGCUUUCGCCUGCCUUCACUCCUCUGGCUGAUAAGCGACCGUGCAUGCGCGGCCGUGGUGGGGAGGAGUGCUACUUUGCUCGCUGCUACUUUGUGCCCACUUUGCGUUUGGCUUCGCUCGCUGCUACCGCUUGCGUCAUCUCUAUCCCCCAUCGUCCCCCCCCCCCUUCCCUUUACCACCCUCACCCUCGCCUUCUUCCUGGUUGCGUGGUGUGGCGGGUGGAGGCGGGAGCAGAAGGUGCAGCACGGGCAGUUGACGCAGUGCGAGCAGCAGCUGCUGGAGAAGGGUAGCUCAGGCUGCCGAGCUCUGCUGCACGACCUCAAGGCACGCCCUCACGCCUCUCCGCUCUGCCACCGCCUUUCUCCCUUGCCUCGUCUCUUUCUCCAUGUCCCUGUUCAUCCCUCUCCCCGUGCCCCCUGCCUCCCCUCCCCAGUGCGUGGCUCAUCCUGCGCCGCACCACGCUGCUCGUGCGCGCGGCCUCGUUCUCGCAUGCAUGAGCGCGCGCCUAAGAAACUGUCGUGUUGUGCGUGCCAUGGCAUUGUGGUGUGCGCGCCAUGGCAUUGCGGGGUGGGUGUGCGCAUGUGUGCGUGGUGGCAGGAGGAGGACCAUCUGUCGCGCAUGUACUGCCUCUGCUGUCGCAUCCCCAACGGCCUCCAGCCCAUCGCCACCAUCUUCCGCCACGACGGUAUGUCCUUCCCCCGCCUCCAUGUUUAA